AUGACGGCCAACGGCGCCGGAUACCAUCUGAACCCCGACAGUCCACAUUUGAACCCCCCUUCCCUCUCUUCAACGACGCCGACGAUACGUCGGCAUUCCUCUUCCUAUCACGGUCCAACGAGUCCGUCGCGUCCGCCACCCUCCUCCUACACCUUUCCGCAGUCGUCGUCAUACCAGGAUGAAGUCGAAUAUCUCGACACCUCGGCUCCAAAUGACUUUCGGCCACCGAACGGCUCCCCCGCAUCCCCAGACCACCUGUCACCAAACUUUCCAAACUUACCGGGAAGGGGCUGGGGCAGGAAACGUGCUAACUCCUCGGCAAGCAUAGCGCGUCGUUCCAUUUCCAGCAUUUCUGGCUUACUCCCGCGGCGGACCUCAUUAUCAGCACAGCCUUCCCACUCACCACCAGCACAGCAACCACCACCACUAUCAGUUAACCCUCGCAUCAGCUCUUCCACCGACUCUCUUCACUACCCCUACUCAGCGCCUGCCGGACCAUCGCAACCGACGUCGACAUUCGGGGUCCCGUCGUCGAUGAACACGAUCAUACCUCCCGUUAAACAAAGGGUGAUCAGUGAUCGCAGAAACUCCUCGUCAUCAAAGAUGCGGCGUUCAUCGCAGCUGCACUCGCCAUCGACGGUGAAUUCUCCAACGACCAGCCCAAACAGAGUGUCUUCUCCCGUGUCCGUCUUCUCCGCAACGACUACUUCAACGCAUCCGCCCCCAUCCGCCAACUACCCUCCAUCCCAUCUCGCGCCACCGACGCCAGCAAUCACGCCUCCACCCGUGCUUCAGCAGCCGCCUCCUAGCCGCCUGAGCCCGUACCUGGACAAGAUCAAGGCUCUCAUCGACAAGUAUAAGCGCGAGCCAUGGUUCUUCUCGUGCAUCCUCGUUGGCGUCGGAGUCAUUGUCAAAAUGCUGGGCUUUAAGGGCACCGUCGUUGCACUGCUCAUGAUCGCAUCUGGCUUGUUCGCACGUUUCAUCCUGCCCCCGCCCCACAACCAUGUCAGAGUCGCUGAGCCUCACCCUCCGCCAGGUGCCAUGGCCGACUCAGUCAACCACGCCCUCCGAGCGCUUUUCCCUCUCAUUUCAACCGAUGUCUUGACGCCCUUUGUCGACCUGCUGGAAGACGCGCUUAUCCAGCAAGUGCCCCCGGUGGUCACUAGCGUCCGGCUGACUUCGCUUUCCCUGGGCCGUGAGCCGAUUCUUUUGACGUCGAUGCGUCCUAUCACAGAUGACGAGUGGUUCAGGGGUCUUGCCCAGCAACCGAAGAAGAAGAAGGGCGAACCAGACGACCUUGAGCCGGGGACAUACGUUGUGCAUUCUGCGUACAAGCCGCCGCCUAGCGAUGACCAAGCGACACCCAAGAAGAGUCGCCAUUCUCGUUCACAUUCGUCGGCCUCCAAAGCAAGCAUUAUGUCACGCAGAUCGACUGCGCAGAACUCGACUGCGGAUUUCGAGCUUACAGACGCUGCCGCUGCGGAGAAGGAGCAGAUGCGCAAGCGUGACAAGCUGAAGCGCCGGCUGCGCAAGAUCCGGGCUAAGCACGAUGCGCAGGCCAACGGCGAGGUAUAUGUCGAUGACCUCGACGACGAAGACGACGAUGACGAGGACAUCGAUGAGGACGCCGGACAGUACGUCAACUACGAGGUCGGCUUCGUUUAUCGCCGAACCCAACGUACGACCGGCCGGGGAAACGCCAUCCACGCCUUGGCGUACUUCGGUUGGGGUGUCAAGGGUCUUGGCGGCUCCGAGAUUCCGGUCUACAUUGACGUCGGGGAGCUGAAGGGAACCGUCCGAGUCAGAGUGCUGCUAUCGGCGUCUCCGCCAUUCGCUCGUACGGCAACCUUUAGCUUUGUCAAGAUGCCCGAGUUCGACAUCAGUGCUCGUCCAUUGAGGGCCGGGAGCUUCAACGCUAUGGACAUUCCAUUGAUCAAGUCGUACGUGAUGAAAUCGGUGGCUCAGGUCGCCGGCGCCUUCGUGGCGCCGAAGUCCUACACGAUGGACAUCGACCGCUUGUUGCUCGGCCACGAGGCAAUGACUCGCACCCUGUCUGUGGGUGUGCUGCAUGUGGCCAUCCACAGUGCCCAGGAUUUGCCAAAGGUGGACUCGCUUGGAUCCUGCGACGCCUAUGUCACGGCCUCUUAUAGCAAGUUCAACAAGCCGCUUUUCUCUACGCGCACAAUCGUCAACAGCGCGAACCCGAUCUGGGAGGAGCAUGCCUUCCUGCUCGUUAACGAAGAGACUAUCGAAUCUGGAGAAAAGCUCCGGCUUCGGGUCUGCGACUCUGACCGUUUUUCGGCCGACGACGCCUUGGGCAUUAUCGAGGUGGAUGUUGCCGAGAUUGUCGAUCAGUCCACCCGUGCGUCGGGGGAGCAGCUCUUCUACCGCCGGAGUGACCUACAGCCUGAGCACCCCGGUAUGCGUGUGCAGGGUUCUGUCGACUGGUCCGUGCGCUUCUUCCCUCUGCACAAGAUCUCCCAGCAAGAGCUCGAGCGCCGUAUUGAGGAGAACAAGGACAAGCGCGGAGAGGGAUCGACCCCCGCCCCUUGGUGGCUCGAGUGGCUCGACAAGUGGUGCGAGCGGCCCGAGUGGGAGAAGGAGCGCGAGGUACGCCGCAAGGAGAUGGUCCAGUACUUCAGCGGUGAGCGCGUCAGGGAAGAAAUCGAAGCCGCUGGCAAGCCAGGCCCGAACCACCCUUCCGGCAUUCUCCACGGCACAUUCUCCGGUACUGGCGGCAAGCACCGCUCCGCUGCGUCCGGCAAACCGGCUCUCGGCGACGCCAUCGACCGGGCGCCGUGGGAGAACCCUGACCCGCCCAACCCGUACGUCGAGGUGCACCUCAACGACAAGUACGUGUACCGCACAAGGACGAAGCAGGUGAAUCCGAUGCCGUAUUUCAACGCGAUGAGCGAGCGCUUCAUCCGAGACUGGCGGCUCGCUAAGAUCGUGUUCGUCAUUAAGGACGAGCGCGAUCGCGAGCACGACCCGAUCAUUGGCAUCGUUUCUCUGCCGCUGAAGGAUAUUCUGAAGGAUGGAUGUCAAGUCACUCGUUGGUUCCCUAUUGUGGGUGGUCUCGGGUGGGGCAUGCUCCGCAUCUCGCUGUUGUUCAAGCCGCUUGAGAUGCACCUGCCCGAGGGAGCAUCAUCUUACGACGCGGCGACGUUCGACCUCCUCUCCCUCUCGGCGUCGGACCUCGCGCCCAUUGUCGGCAAGCCUCCGCACCUGCUCGUGGAGACUGAGUAUGACCGUGUUGUCCUCGAUCCCCCGGGCGGUGUUCUAGCCGACGAUUCGGAUGACGACACGCCUCCAACGACCGACGCCACUGGCUCUCUCAUGUCCGCUCCUGGUCCGACGGGUGGUAUCGACGUGAACUACCCCAUCACCUCUCCCAUCCGUUUAGCUGUUCGAUACCGCACGUCGUGUUCUAUCCUGUUCAGCUUCCACACGCGCGGUCGGCUGCGCAAGGCCAAGAUUUUCGCGAUAGGCACAAUGCGCCUGAUCAACACGCCUGAUAACGAGAAGACCGAGCGCAUCAUCCCCGUUUUCCUGACCAAGUCAACUAGAGCAGCCUUCCGCGCCGCGCGCAUCUACGAGGAGUACACGCAAGCUGCGCAGAGCGGGUCGUCGAACCUGCCCUCGAUCGGCGACGCCAAGCUGAUCGGCUUCAUCAAGAUUAGCUUCGUGCUGCACCCGGGUGUCUCGCGCGCACACCGCAAGUUGGCGAAGCGCGAUCCGAAGUUCAAGUCGGUGUACAAGGCGUGGGAGGCUACGCGCCUGCUCGAGUCAGCCGCGGCGCGGAGCAACGACUCGGAUUCGGACUAUGACACGGCCGCGAGCGACGAGGAAGACGUCGUCGGGCAAAGGGCAGCGGACAAGAUGGUCGAGGACGACAGCGAGGCGAUGCUGGCAGGUAACGCGCACGGGAAAGCGCUGCACCAGCAGAACCGUGGCAUUUUCCAGCUGAAACUGGCCCGCACGGGCAAGUUUGUGAAAGACAAGCUCGAGAACAAGGUCAAGAACAGCCGUGUCGCCGGCCAUGGAGGGAACCUCGCAGGCAGGCCGCACGGACAUGACGUUGAGGUCGAACAUGAGGGGCAGAGCAGCCUGUAG